AUGAGCAGUAGCAGCGAUAGCAACAUUAGCAGUGCUAUGGGCGUAGAGGCCAUUCAGAGCUUCAAUGGCGGCAUUAUCUUUGUCAGCUACCUCAUUUCUGUCGCUGGAGCACAAACAACAUUAGAGCUGUUGACGAGAAGAACACAUAUUCGAGGAUACUACAACUGGUUCUUAUUAACAGCGGCUGCAUUCGUGAUGGGCGCUGUCAGUAUAUGGUCGAUGCAUUUCAUAGGCAACAACAGCAUGACACUUAUCCUUUACGACGAGUCCUAUCAGUUGUCUUACAAUGUAGGUUACACUUUCGCCAGCUUAGUAGUGGCAAUAGCCUGCAUGUUCUUAGCAUUUGCAUUCGUUGGUAUUACUGAAGAUGCAAAGCUGAUAAGAAUCAUACCAAGCGGAAUAUUUGCUGGGCUGGGCAUUGUCUGCAUGCAUUAUAUGGGCCAAUUCGCCAUUGAUUAUUUUGUACUAGUCUACAAGAUAGGCUACCUAAUUGGUGCAAUAGUAAUCGCUUGUGUUGCUGUUACUGUCGCCCUCUACAUCUUCUUCAAGUUGAGGGAACAGUGGAUGAACCUCUGGUACAAGCGUUUUGGAUGUGCCUGCUUGAUGGCUUUGGCUGUUUGUGGCAUGCAUUACACAGCUCUGGUAGGCACUGAGUUUUACAGGCCCAGUUUCCACGGCCCUGUGCCAGUUCCAAAGCUACAGACACCUGCCCUUAUUGGCAUAAUUUCAGCUGUCAUCGUCUCAGCCUGCGUUGGUUUGUUGUACAUUAGUGUCAAGGCGGGUAUGCAAAAACUGCCCAUGUAUCAGAAAAACACCAACAAACGACUCAUUCUGGAUUCUGUCAUUUUCGAUCCCAUCGGCCGCAUCCUGGUGAAAGUAGACGGCACAUUGCCCAUGACUGAAGUGGUGCGCCAUUUGGAGUUGAAUGAAUCCAAGCAAGAUUUCUCAACGAGUCAUCCAUUAUUCAUUCGUCUGUUUGAGACAGCGGUGCAUAAAGCAUCUCUUCGAUUCAGCGGCGAAAAUCGUCCAUCAGGUAUAUCUGCCACCUCCACACUCGAGACGUACGAUGCGGUUGAAAGUCAAUUUCUGGAAGGCUGCCGUGAAUUGUACGAAGAGCUUCGAUUUGACGACUAUGGCGAUAUUGGCAUCCUCAGCGACAUUGUGGUGACAACAGAUACCAUCUCCAAGGCAACACACAAAUUCGCAAAGAAUUCUCAACUGUUCAGAAGUUCAUCUGGUUCCAGCUGGUCCAAGAAAGUGGUGAUGAAUUCGAUUGGCCAAUCUUCUUUGACUGAUCAUGAAAUGUCAUUUCAGCAAUUACAACAUCACCUUCAGUCUGACGACGAAGAAGGUCAUAGCAAGAGCACAGGCAACGGGACAAAAAAAAACAAAAAGCCCUGCAAAUGGGGCCAUCAAAAGAAGAAAUCCUCUGUCGAUGACGAAGAAACAGUGAUUGAAAGCGUGAACACCCUCAACGGCAAGCGCUCGUCGGGCAGCACUACACUGGCUGUUCGAAACAGUGCUGGACAUCGCUCAUCUUCGGACGAAAACUCGCACCAGGAAGACGUCAAAUCUGCUAAUGAUCGCCUAUCUGUAGAAGAUUCUAACGGUGAAGACAAGCAUAUCUUUAUGGUCCGCAAGCUUGUAUUCGAGAAAGACGUUGAACGCCUUCUCUCGCAAGGAUACCGAUUUGCUGAGCCUAUCUUUAUAGCCAAGACGAUGGGCGCCAGAUUACGUAUACCAGCUGAACACAUGCGCCAUCAUUUUGCUGACAUGCAACAAAUGUGCGACUCUAUCUGUGCCUUGACUCAACAUGAUUGGAUUCCCUCAGCCGUCGAACCAGCACCCAAUCCAACCCUUUUCAAGGCAUCCACCAAGAGCGCUGUCUACGUUGGCGCAUUUGCUCUUGUAGACGAGACAAAGGAACUUACAAAUAUGCACAUUUUGGUAGAGAAAGCAAAGCGAUUUGCGUUCCCUCUUGUUCAAUUGGCGUUGGAUCAAAACAUGGAGUAUCCCACCCAUCUCGAAGCAGACCAGGUCGAGUUUCUCCACAGACUGCAAGGCUACUCGCUGUUUGACAUGGCUAAUUUGACGCAAACUCUGCUGGCCUAUCAAGCAAAGGAGCAUGAAGAUGUCAAGCUCACACUGCCCAGCGAGCACUUUAUCCGUGGCAUCGAAAAUGCUGCCAAACAACUGCUUGAAUCAACAUCUUACAGUCGCGCUCUUUACCAGACCUCCAAACUGCAUGCCAUCAUUCUCGACUUGCCUCCGUUUGCACUGUCUACUGGCCCCUGUCAACUGAUUCUUUUCAAGUCGUUUGUCAAUACGCCUGGUGCCAUGGCAGCUGUGAAUCACACGUUCUCUGAGCCCAUCAAGUGCAUACCCCUGACUGUCUAUAGACCGCUUUCUGGGUUCAUUACAGAUCAAGCAGCCGCGAUUUACAAGGCCAGUAAUCAAGCAGUAGCGCCUCCUACUUAUCUGAUGCAACAACAAAUGUAUCGUCAGCAGACCAACUACGAUGGCAAGCGCAUGUUGUAUAGUAGCGGCGGUGAAGAUGACGUUUCUAUUCAAAUGGACACAUUCAAGGAAAGACUGGAGACGACACCAUCCGAUCAGGAUCUGUCAGCCACCAGCACAGUGAACGAUCCAUUCUCAUUACCACCACCUCCCAGAGCAAGAAGAAACCGAUUCAAAUUGACAAACGCCUUAUUGAGUAACGGCACAUUCAACAUCCUUUCUCCAUUGCAAGAUGGUACGGUCAAGACCACAACAAGCACUCGCAAUUUCCAAGCUUUGCAAGCUGCACCACUAACAGUGCUCACCACGCAAGAUAGAUUUUGGUGGAUCAAUCCUAUCGUCGAAGAAACUAUUCAUAGCAAUAUGAACUAA